AUGGCGACCACACAUCUUCCACUAAGCCCUCGCUUUCAGCAAUGCCUGAAAGAAUUCAAGAAUGAUUUGGGCUCGGACAUGACGGAAAGCUUCAAGUUCACCACGCUGGAUGAGCUUAAGGGCCUUAUUUGCGAUAUACAAGAAGAGCAGAUGAAGUCCCGGCGGAUGACCAAUCUCAGACGGAUUGCUCCAUUCUUGGAAGCUAUGGAGCAGUUCGAUAAGGUCGUGCAAAUCUUUUUGAAUGCUGCAGAUCUUCUUGCUUUUGUCUGGGGGCCGGUCAAGUUCCUCCUAUUGUCAGCACGGACAUAUCACGAUGCCUUCAGUGCUCUCCUCGACGCUUAUCUGGACAUUGGGGAGAAUAUCCCCCUCCUUGCGCAGUUUGAGCAGAUUUUCAACAAUAAAUCUCAGAUGCAUGUCGCUCUCGAGUACGUGUACAUCGACAUCAUGGAGUUUCACUCUUCUGCGAUCAAAUAUUUCAAAAGUCCAGUGUGGAAACAACUUUUCCAUGCGACCUGGAAGACAUUUCGCACCAAAUUUGAGCCGACACUGAGCAACCUCCGCCGCCACAAGUCGUUGCUUGGGACUCAAUCAAACCUUCUGUAUCUUCAACAGUACCAACUGGAUAGACAGCAAAACCUUUCGUAUCUUCAAGAGUAUCAACUGGAUAGACAGCGAACACAAAUGGAGUUUGAGAAAAUCGAGCAACAGGCUGAACAGAACCGAAGAAUUGCCAUCGCCAACUGGUUGUCCGCGGCUGACAGCAACUCCGACUAUCGAGCUGCUGCCUCGAUACGAUACGAGACUCCCAACAGCGGAAUGUUCGUAUUCGCAGCGUUGGUCAUGAGAUAUCUCGAAGAGCAGACGACUUGGAGAUGCCUGGAAGAAGAGAUCGAAGCAAUGCCCCUUGAUCUAGAUGAGGUGUUGGGUGCCAAACUCCGUAAGGGCCCAAAAAGGCUUUGUGGUUCGCUCGUGGAGAUUUUCGAUGACGGGGAAAUCCGCCUCGUGCACCUGUCAGCCAAACUAUACCUUGAGCGCAAUGUGAUCAAUGCUCCAGAGGAGGAGCUCAAGCUUCUGUGUCGUUGUCUCGACUAUCUCCGCUUACCAGCAUUUGACGAGGGUCUCGAGGAAGACUCUGCGCGAGGAUACAUUCUAGAAGGCCAAUACGCGUUCAUGACGAUCGACAGCUAG